AUGUUCAUCAUAGAACAACUCAAUAAUGAUGUUUGGGAGCUUCUGGAACCAAAAAACAUUCAUUCCCAAAUCUCACCAGACAUUCAUAAAUUACUAGUUGAUGAAAAAUGGCAGGAACGAAUGAAAGGAUUGGAACUUUUGUUUAAGCUUUUAAGUGAUUGUAAAAGAAUUGCGGAUGAUCCUGCGCAUAAACAAUUAAUUACUAGUCUUGGCAAGGUUCUUGCUUCGGAUUCAAAUAUUAAUUGUGCUUCUAUGUCUGCCAAAUGUUUAUGUUUAAUUGCUCAAGGACUUCGUUUUGGGUUCUCUCCUUACUCUGCCGGAUUGGCUCCAAUUUGUUUUGACAAAUUUAAAGAGAAAAGGGCAUCUUUGAAAGAGCCUCUUACUAUUUUAGUCGAUGCUCUUUUCUUUGCUUCUAAUAAGAACUUAUCAGCCUUGACUCAAACAAUUAUUGAAUUUGCAACAAAGCCCAACCCUAGCCAAAAAUCUCAAUUAGACUUGGCUCUCUACAGACUUUUUCGUUCUUUGCCGGCAAAAUAUUUACCUAAAGGAUUUGUUAAAGAAUUGGUGCCUGUUCUUUGCGAGCAUUGUUUGGGAUCUGACCCACAAGUUAGAGAUUCUUCUUGUGCUGCAUUGGGAGCUUUGCAAAAAUGUGUCGGAGAACAAGUUGUUGCAUCUUUUAUGACUCAAAAUGUUGCUAAUGAUGAAAGGAAAAUGAUUAAAAUCAGAGAAUCCAAGGUUAAAGCUGAAGAGGAGGAUGCAGAAUUGAGAAAAAAGGCUCCAUUACUCACUUCCAGCAAUGAAAAUAUUCAAAUUAAAUCGGGACAUUCAUCAACUGAACAACUCAAUGGCAAAGAAAAUGAUGUUUGGGAGCUUCUGGAACCAAAGGACAUUCAUUCCCAAAUCUCACCAGACAUUCAUAAAUUACUAGUUGAUGAAAAAUGGCAAGAACGCAUGAAAGGAUUGGAACUUUUGUUUAAGCUUUUAAGUGAUUGUAAAAGAAUUGCGGAUGAUCCUGCGCAUAAACAAUUAAUUGCUAGUCUUGGCAAGGUUCUUGCUUCGGAUUCAAAUAUUAAUUGUGCUUCUAUGUCCGCCAAAUGUUUAUGUUUAAUUGCUCAAGGACUUCGUUUUGGGUUCUCUCCUUACUCUGCCGGAUUGUCUCCAAUUUGUUUUGACAAAUUUAAAGAGAAAAAGGCAACUUUGAAAGAGCCACUUUCUAUUUUAGUUGAUGCUCUUUUCUUUUCUUCGAUAAAGAAUUUACAUUUAAUCACGCCAUUUAUUAUUGAAUUUGCAACAAAGCCCAACCCUAGCCAAAAAUCUCAAUUAGACUUGGCUCUCUACAGACUUUUUCGUUCUUUACCGGCAAAAUAUUUACCUAAAGGAUUUGUUAAAGAAUUGGUGCCUAUUCUUUGCGAGCAUUGUUCGGGAUCUGACCCACAAGUUAGAGAUUCUUCUUGUGCUGCAUUGGGAGCUUUGCAAAAAUGUGCCGGAGAACAAGUUGUUGUAACUUUUUUGACUCAAAAUGUUGCUACCGAUGAAAGGAAAAUGACCAAAAUUCGUGAAUAUUAUCAGAAAGUCAAAGACAUUCCUAAUUUUCAUUUGCCUGCUUCUAACGCGACGAAUAAAGAUUCAGAACAUUUUGUAUCUUCAGAAGCAUUAAUUUGUUCAAAUAAAUCUUCAAUUAAAGACAAAACCCUUACAAUGAAUCAAAAUGUUACCAAAAACAACAAAAAUGGUCGUCCAUCGACAACCUCUUUAACUCAAAGAACUCCUUCAUCUAUUAAUUCAUCUACAAUUAAACCAACUACGUCAAUAUCUCGUCAAGUUCUGUUUCGUCCUGUUACAGCUAAUCCGCCUCAAAUGACACCAACAACCAAACGGACAAUGUGUUUUGCAUAUCCAAACACGCCUUCAGGUUCAAGAAUUCCAAGAAUUACAAAUUUAAAAAAGUGA